GGUCCUGGGCCCGCGCCCGCAGAGCAUGGGGCCCUGCGUGUCCCCGCGUGGACCGUGCUCUUCCAGGGCGAGAGGGCCGGCCUGACGUACCGCGUGCCCUCACUGCUGCCCGUGCCCCCCGGGCCCACCCUGCUGGCCUUCGCGGAGCAGCGGCUGAGCCCCGACGACGCCCACGCCCACCGCCUGAUGCAGAGGACCGGCAUGCUGGCUGGGGGCUCCGUGCGGUGCGGCACCACGGGCGUGCUGGGGACAGCGGUCCUGGACGAGCACCGCUCCAGGGACCCCUGCCCGGUGCACGUCGCGCGCACGGCCAGCUUACUCUUCAUCGCCGUGCGCGGCCGCACCCGCGAGGCCGCGCAGAUCGCUGCGGGCGAGAACGCCGCGCACCUCUGCGGCGUGACCAGCCGGGACGCGGGGCGCAGCUGGGGUGGCGCGCGGGACCUCACGGCGGAGGCGGUGGGCGGCGCCGAGCAGGACUGGGCCACGUUUGCCGUCGGCUCCAGCCAUGGCAUCCGGCUGUGCUCGGGCCGCCUGCUGGUGCCGGCCUACAUGUACCGCGUGGACCGGCGAGAGUGCUUUGGUGAGAUCUGCGGGACCGGCCCCCACUCCUUCCGCACCUGGCACCACGGGGGCCUCGUGCCCAACCUGCGCUCGGGCGAGGGCCAGUUGGCGGUGGGGGACAGGGGGCAGGCUGGUGGCAUCCUCUACUGCAGUGCCUGGAGCCCUCUGGGCAGCCACGUGCAGGUGCUCAGUGUAGACGAGGGCGCCUCCUUCCUGCCUGGGGAGCUGGUGCUCGCCCUGGCUGGGGCCGCCGAGGGCUGCCAGGGCAGCAUUGUGGGCUUUCCGGCCCCGCCCUCCAGCAGGCCGGAGAAUGAGGGGUGCACCAUGGGUACCAGGAACACCCUCCACCCUCCACACCUCUGCCCUGGGCCCCAGGAACCCCCAGAGGAAGAGGGUGCUGGAGAUACCCGAGGGGGCGGGGGGCUGGGUGGGACGGAGGGAUGUGGGGAUGGCUCCGGUGAGCCCGGCGCAGGGCCUGGGCUUGGGGGGAACAGGGGGACCUGGACCCCCGAGCUCCCGGUCCCCUCGGCCUUGUCUCAGAGCCCCACAUGGCUGCUGUAUUCCCAGCCGGUGGGGCGCAGGGCACAGCUGCACAUGGGCAUCUGCCUGAGCCGGUCGCCCCUGGACCCCCACAGCUGCCCGGAGCCCUGGGCGAUCCACGAGGGCCCCAGUGGCUACUCUGACCUGGCGUCCAUCAGGCCCACCCCCGAGAGAGCCCUGACCUUCGCCUGUCUGUACGCGAGUGGGACUGGGGUCUCCUAUGAGGAGAUCUCCUUCUGCAUGUUCUCCCUGCAGGAGGUCCUGGGGAACGUUGGGGCGGGCACUGGGCAUCCCAGCCUUGGGGACAAGCCUCUGGGACGCUGCUGGCCCUCCUGA